CAUCCAGCGGCGCGUCCGCAUCUGCGUCCGGGAAGGUCAGACGCAUCUAGUGGAAAACCGCAGACCUGGCAACUUUUUUUUCUCCAGAAUUGAUCAGCGUUUGAUCACCGGGAGAGUCUUCCUCAUUCAGCGGUCCCCCGAGGCUGUGAGGAUGGAUGGCUGACCUAGGAGCUCACCGAUUGGUUCGCUGAUCUUCGCUGGCCUCAGCCGCCGCCAUGGCCAAAAGCCCAGAGGUGAAGCUGGCCGUCUUUGGCAGAGCAGGGGUGGGAAAGUCAGCUUUGGUGGUGAGAUUUCUGACCAGACGCUUCAUCUGGGAGUAUGACCCAACACUCGAAUCAACAUAUCGUCAUCAAGCCAACAUUGAUGAUGAGGUCGUUACCAUGGAGAUUCUGGACACUGCUGGGCAGGAGGACGUCCAGCAGAAGGAGGGCCACGUGCGUUGGGGAGACGGAUUUGUCAUCGUGUACGACAUCACGGACCGGGGAAGCUUCGAGGAGGUGGCGCCGCUCCGCAGUCUCCUGGAGGAGGUGAAGAGGCCGAAAAACGUGCCCCUGGUCCUCGUGGGCAACAAGUCCGACCUGGACCACGUCCGGCAGGUGGGCACGGAGGAAGGCGAGCGGCUGGCGGCUGAAAUGGCGUGCGCCUUCUACGAAUGUUCGGCAUGCGCCAACGAGGGCGGCACCGUGGCCGAGGCCUUCCACGAGCUGUGCCGCGAGGUGAGGCGCCGCAAGGCCGUGCAGGGCAAGGCCAGACGCCGCAGCUCCACCACGCACGUCAAACAGGCCAUCAACAAGAUGCUGACCAAGAUCAGCAGCUAGAGAAGAGCGUCUGGAGCAACAGGAAAUGUACAACUUUCUUAUGUUAAAUGUUGCAAGCAGCUAUCGGCUCCGAAAACACGGCUGCAGUGUGUGGAAUGCGUUCUUUACUUCUUCUCCUACUUGUUCCAUCCAAAAGGCAAUCUCUCCUCCGUGUGGAAGAGGUAGCUCAUGUCGUCACUUUAGCGUGGUGUAAACCUUUGAGCUCAUUGGGAUCAAAGUCAUUGUGGAUACAGGGGAGCUAAUUGUACGUUCUCCACCUGUAUUGCUAUUGUUGGGGGGAUAUUUGGUCGUGGUUCUGCUCACGUGGGCUCAACUGUCUUUCAGCCAGUGGUCAAAGAAAAAUAAGAACAGAGAACGACUAUCACGUAAAACUAGAUCCACUGUCCUCAACCCGUGUCGUUCCUUCGACAUCUCCCCGUCGGUCAAACCAUGUAAAGUCCAAUAUUUCUGAUGUGUCCUCCCUGCUUUUGUGCAUAACAUGUGGAACCAGUACGGUUCAGAACAUAAUGACAGAACAUUUUUUGCGGUUUUCUUCUUCAAACCUUCUUCACCAGCCCAGCAUGUCACAUUCAGGGGGGUGUUCUUAUCGACUGUAAUUUUGAAUUCUGUAAACUAAGUGAGUAUAGAGCCCAAUGUCAUGUACAGUAGAAGAUACUGUAAUUGUUGAAAUGGAAUAUGUUUUCAUGUAUGUGACCUGUAUAAUCAAAAACAAUCAGAUGUGCACUCAAAAUUAAAAAUGUAUAUGCCAUUGGUUUUCCUCUUCCUGAGUCCAUAUGUUUGGUCGACAUGCAUGUUUAUGUCGUUGCUUGGUACAUGUAUUUGAUGUUUUUGAGGCCCUAAGUGGUGUUCCAAGUUCAAAGUGAUAAAUAAUGUGUACAAUACCAACUCCUUCAGCCAGACCCUUAAAUGUCACG